CUGAAAUAAAAAUAAAAAUGGGUGGAGCCCACAAUCCAUAAAUUCGUCCAAAUGCUUGCAGCAGCAAUCGAUCCCACAACCAUUCACUAUGAACAAUUAUAGAGAUCACCAUUAAACCACCCAUUCACUUGUUCACUCAUUGUGAACUAUUUUGUUCACCCUUAAGGCUGCCCUUAUAUUUAUAAAAACUGCAAAAUCCUUUUAUUAAAAACCUGCACAUUAUCAGUGAAACAACUUUGUUGGUAAGAGAGAUUGUUUGUCCACAUGAAAAAAGUGUGGGAGAUGCUGAUUGUCCACCCUAUGUUUUGUGCAUUUUAUGCAGGGCUUCAAUUUCAAUCUCAACAACAAAAAAGGGGUUUUUUCUUCAAUCUAGGGUUUUUCUGUAACCCUAAUUUGAUUUUUUAAUUUCUGGGUUUUUUUCCCUUUCUAAUUCCCCUUUUAAUUGGGGGGUAAUUAAUGAAAAAGGCGGUGUAAUCUUUGAAGCAAGUGGAGGAGAGAGAAAAUAAUGUUAUGGGUAUGUAAAAAUGUUACCUUGGGUUCCCAAAUUAUGUCCUGGCUCAGUGCACUGUGCUGCUGAGUAAGGAAGCAUAAUCAACUUAACCUCCACCCUUUUCUUCAUCAAUUACUAUACUUUUGUUUUCUCUCUCUUCAUUUUCACUUUCACUUUCUCUCUCUUAAACUUUUGCUUGGAGGAAAGAAGAAGGUGUUUGAAGGAGGGUCAUUUUUAGUUUUUUACUUUGAUAUUUUAGUUUGUUUUUCCAUUUUUUCCCAGAUUUCUGUUUCUGGGUUUUUAAUUUUAGUUGUUUUUAGUUGGUGGGUGUUGUUUAAUUCUGGGUAAAGAUGAAGUUUAUGAAGCUUGGAUCUAAACCUGAUUCAUUUCAGACUGAUGGUGAUAAUAUCAGGUUUGUGGCAACUGAGUUGUCAACCGACAUAGUUGUCAAUGUUGCGGACGUCAAAUUCUAUCUACAUAAGUUUCCCCUACUGUCCAAGAGCGCUCGUUUGCAAAAGCUUGUUGCCGUGGCAAGUCAAGAAAGUCAGGACGAAAUAUUCAUCGAGGAUAUUCCUGGGGGACCUGCUGCCUUCGAAAUAUGUGCAAAAUACUGUUAUGGGAUGACUGUCACACUAAACGCCUACAAUGUGGUUGCAGCUCGAUGUGCAGCUGAAUUUCUAGAAAUGUACGAUACAGUUGAGAAGGGAAAUCUCAUUUACAAAAUUGAUGUCUUUCUCAACUCUAGUAUCUUCCGAGGUUGGAAAGACUCCAUCAUCGUUCUCCAAACAACUAAGUCUCUACUUCCAUGGUCCGAAGAGCUCAAAAUAGUUAGCCACUGCCUCGAUGCAAUAGCUUCUAAAGCAUCCAUGGAUACAUCCAAAGUUGAGUGGUCGUACACCUAUAACAGGAAGAAGAACCCAUUGGAGAACGGAGGGGAACAACAUUACAAUGGUGUGAGGAAACAGCUUACAGUUCCUAAAGACUGGUGGGUAGAAGACUUAUCAGACCUUGAUAUGGAUCUGUAUAAGCGGGUAAUAAUUACAAUUAAGGCGAAAGGAAGGGUUUCAAGUGAUGUCAUUGGUGAAGCCUUGAAAACUUAUACAUUGAGAAAGUUGCCUGGAUUCAGCAAGGGUUUGGUUCAAGGUGGUGAUAUGCAGAAGAACCAAUCAUUAGUUGAGACUAUAGUUAGACUUCUUCCAAAAGACAAAGGCAGUGUCUCUUCUAGUUUUAUGCUUCGAUUGUUGAGAGCAUCAAUGUCUUUAGGUUGUGGGGAAAUGGUUAGGAUGGAGUUACUGAGAAGAAUUGGGUUGCAGUUGGACGAGGCUUCAGUGGCAGAUUUGUUGAUCCGAGCACCGCCUGGUGAAACUACUGUUUAUGACAUUGAUUUGGUGGAGAAUCUGGUUAAGGAGUUUGUGAUGCAGGAACGUGUUGUUCAGAGUAAUUCUCACAGUGAGAUAGAUUUUCAGGAGCUUAAGAAGCCUGUGGCCGUAUCAGAUGCUUCCAAGGGAAUGGUUGCUAAGCUAGUUGACAGCUACCUGGCCGAAGUUUCAAGGGACCCCAAUCUACCACUGUCUAAAUUCAUUGGUAUAUCAGAGCUUGUUUCGGGAUUUCCAAGAUCAACCCAUGAUGGAAUAUACCGUGCUAUUGAUAUGUACUUGAAGGAACAUCCCGGUAUAAGUAAGAGUGAGAGGAAGAAAAUAUGCAAACUGAUGGAUUGCAGAAAGCUCUCAGUAGAGGCAUGUGCACACGCUGUGCAAAACGAACGCCUUCCCUUGCGAGUUGUGGUUCAGGUACUCUUCUUUGAGCAAGCUCGGGCCACAUCAUCGUCCCCAGGAAAUCGGACCCCAGACUUGCAGCGUCCUGCCCGAGCAUCCCUUCCUGGUGGAUCACACGGAAGCUCAAGGUCUGCAACCACAAAUACGGAGGAUGACUGGGAUGGGGUCCCCACAACAGAAGAGCUGAGGGCUCUGAAAGGUGAAAUAGCCAACCUUAGACUAGGGGGUGGUGAAGGAACUAGCGGUGAUGGCCCUAAGAACGAUAUCGAGAAAGCUGCUGCCAACAAGGUCCGAGGCUUGCUAAUGUCAAAGAGGCUAUUCUCAAAGCUGUGGUCCAGCAAAGAGAGAGACGGAGAGAACAGCAGUUCUGAUACCUCUGAAAGCCCUGCAUCGACGAAUAAUGCUGAAGAAACUAUAUCUACCCCUACCAGAAAUAGGAGGCAUUCACAACCUUAAUCACAAUCUUGUUCAAGGUUUACAGUCAAGAGAAUAACGGUGCAUUUUAGUGUGCCCCAACAAUGUAAAAUCAGCUCAUUUUUUUAAAAAUUUCCUAUGUAGGAAUAGGUAGGUCUGACUGACAAAUUCUAUCUCGCCAUGUACAAAUCCGAUGAUCCAAAGUGUUAGAGGUUGCCCCUCUGGUUCGUCGGUAUAGGAGCUAAGGCUCGAUGCAGGUGUCAAGGUAUUCGAGUUUAGGUAAUGUGUCAGUUUUAGGUUCUAACACGAGAUUUUUCCCUAUAUAUGAAAGCGGAAAUGUAUUUCCCUUCUAUCA